UGGGCAAAUAUUUGCCUGUUUCCUGAGUUGGCUUCAACACCCUCUCUCCUAAAGUUUGACUUCAGAUGAGUCAAAAUGUCCAGACCUUACAGACUGCUGGUUAAAAAUGCCAAACAGCUAGUUUUGAUCUGCAAAAACUCUGAGAAGUACCUGACCAAAGAUGGGAUGCAAAAUCUGUGCGUGAUUGAAAACGGGAGCAUUGUAAUAGGAAGUGAUGGGCUGAUUAAAGCUGUAGGGCCUGCAGAAACCAUCAGAGCUCAGUAUGCAGAAGCUUUGUUUGACAAAGUGAUCGAUGCUGCAGGAAUGUGCGUCCUGCCAGUUCUUGUUUCAGGCUUGGUUGAUGCUCACACUCAUCCAGUCUGGGCUGGGGACCGGGUGCAUGAAUUUGCAAUGAAGCUGGCAGGUGCCACCUAUAUGGACGUGCACCGAGCAGGUGGAGGCAUCCACUUCACGGUGGAGCACACUCAAGCUGCCCCCGCCUCGGACCUCCUGGCGUCCCUCCGCAGCAGAUUGGUGCGGAUGCAGCGAGCGGGCACCACCCUGGCGGAGUGUAAGAGCGGUUAUGGCCUGGAGCUGCAGACCGAGCUGAAAAUGCUGGAAGUGAUCGAGGAGGCCCGGCGCUCCCUACCUAUAAACAUCUCUGCCACCUACUGCGGAGCUCAUGCAGUGCCCAAAGGGAAAACAGUGGUAGAAGCUACAGAGGACAUUCUGAGAGUUCAGCUGCCUCGGCUGAAGGAAAGGAUGUCUGCUGGGACUCUCAGAGUCGACAACAUCGACGUGUUUUGUGAGCAGGGAGUGUUUGACCUCAGCUCGAGCCGCUCCAUCCUGCAGGCAGGCAAACAAAUGGGCCUCAACAUUAAUUUCCACGGAGAUGAGCUUCAUCCCAUGAACUCUGCUCAGAUGGGGGCGGAGCUUGGAGCCUUAGCCAUCAGUCACCUAGAGGAGGUGACAGAUGCAGGAAUUGCUGCCAUGGCCAAAGCAAAAACUGCUGCAGUCCUCCUGCCGACUACAGCUUACAUUCUGCGGUUGCCCCAGCCUCGGGCCAGAGACAUGCUGGACGCCGGAGUGAUUGUGGCCCUCGGCAGCGACUUCAACCCCAACGCCUACUGCUGCUCUAUGCCGAUAGUGAUGCAUCUGGCCUGCGUUAACAUGAGGAUGUCCAUGCCAGAGGCUUUGGCCGCCGCCACCAUCAACGCGGCCUACGCCCUCGGGCGCUCCCACACACAUGGAUCGCUGGAGGUCAACAAGCACGGAGACCUGCUGCUCCUCAACGCCACACGGUGGGAGCACCUGAUUUACCAGCUGGGAGGACAUCAGGAGCUCAUCCGUUAUGUCAUCAUCAAAGGGGACAUCGUCUACGAUAACAACAAAAUCCUGGACUUGUAACUGUGGAACUAGGUUAACAGAGUGAAGUAAAACUAUAUUAAUAUGUAAAUGUGUGCUAACUGUGGGAGCUAACUAAAAUAAAGUUUUAGUCUCUUA